AUGGACCAUGAGAUUGACUUUUUCUUUAACAAAAGGAGCCACGGGUUGAAGUUUGUUGAGUUUGUGGGCAAAGUUGCCCCUGUCAGGAGCCGCAGUGACAAGCAACUAGUUUCGCAUGACUCUAAGAGCAAUAAUUAUAAUUACAAGUUCACCUUCUCGGUCGAGAUCAGCCCCAUUUGCCGGGAGGACCUGAUUUGCCUCCCACCAAAGGUUGCGGCUGGGUUGGGAAAUUUCGGACCACUCGUGAUAUGCAUCAAGGUGAGCAACAGCAUAGCUUUGCUGGACCCUUUUACCCUCAGGCAGAGCUUCUUGGAUGCCGAGCAGUACUGGAGAUCUUCGUUCAAGGCUUUGCUCUCGAGCAGGCAGCUCGUUGAAUACAUAGUGUUGGAUGUGGAGCCUGUAUCUGGUGAGGUCAAUAUUGGUGGCUUGAAGUACGUUUUGGCCGAUGCCCAGGUGGCCCGAGUGUCGGAUUUUGGUAAAAACGAUACGAUUUUCAACGUGAGGACUCAUUUGGGGCAUCUCUUGAAUCUGGGCGAUUAUGCUCUCGGUUACGACUUGUAUGGAGCGAAUAAUAAUGAUAUUGAGUUGGAUAAGUAUAAGGGUCUUGUUCUUCCCGAUGUUGUGCUGAUAAAAAAGAGCUAUGAGGAAAAACGACAGAGGAAGAAGGGCAAGCCUCGUUCUUGGAAGCUUAAAUCUCUGAAUAUGGAAGUCGAUAAUAGUGCCAGGGGUGUUCGGGAUAAUGCCGAGAAGAUGGAUACGGAGUAUGAACAGUUUUUGAGGGAUUUGGAGGAGAAUCCUGAUUUGAGGUUUAACCUGUCACUGUACCGGAAUAAGGAAUAUCAGCCGUCGGAAAUGGCAUCAAUGACGGAUGGUGAGGAUUUGCCGAGUGUGCCGUUAGACGAGCUGCUUGCAGACCUCGACUUCAGUGAUGAGAAUGUUGAUGAUCAUGAUGAUGGCCGAGACCGUCAACCCGACCUACCGAACGACCGCCGUACCGAUCUUCGCGACAAGCCGGACCUCUGCCGUGACCAACCGGCGACGAUCGCGACCAACCAACGGCAGCCUACGAUUCCGGCGACUCCCCGCGACACGACCAACCCGACGUGA